GGGUUCGAGACCGUCCAACGCGCCAGUACUAUUUUAGGAAAGCCAUGCCAUCCAUGCCAUGUAUGUGCAUGGACGAUGCUAUGGCCAUCCACAUUCUUGGAAUUCUUUCUUCUUCAAGAGCCAAAAGCCUAGCGAGCGAUUUUCUCUGGAGCGAUUCAAAGCGAGAGAGAGAGACACAAAGAAUUUUUGGGCGUCAAUCCUUCCUCCACGGAUUUCCUGAAUGAAGACGAGCAAGAGCAGCGACGAUGACGAUGCCGCCGGGUAGCUAACUUAAAAGCUCGCCCUUGAAUUGCCCUUCUUCCCACGUCUUUGAUUCUCUCGAGUCCGAUGAAGUAGCCAUCGAUUUCUUGUGCGCUCUCUCGUUGUCUCCUCCUCUGCCAAAAAUCCUCCUUUUUCGUAUAUGAUGCUGCUGCCCCGACACGAUGACUUUGGCCGCUCACUGCUGCUAGAUUCGUCAGUCUAUGGCUGCUCGCUCGUCCAAGACAUUGGUCGAUUGCUCUGCUGGUUCGCCCGCUACUUCCCUCCCAGCUAACACCCGCCAUCUGAAAAUCUCCUCUUUGUUCUUCCUCUCCUUGUUCUUCGUCUUCUCUCUUCACUGUUCUUCCACUUCUGGUCGCUAGUUGGGAGGGAAUGAGAAACUCUGGCCUUUGAUCCCCGAUCGUUUCGUUCCAAAAAUCUCUCUUUUUUUUUCUUCGCUGUCCUUCGAUCGUUCCCUCGGUUGACAAUUUGCUCUUGUUGUUGGUGGUGAUUCUAGCUUCUGGCUCCACAGAUCGUCGUCGCCCUCGUGUCGGUCUCCCUGAAAAUCUCGCGUCCCCGUCUCCUCUCAGAAAGCUAAACUCCCGCUCCCCCAUCACCGGAUCAAAAUGGCAGCUUGGAGCGAUCACUCCUCCACCGCCGCAGCGGCGAUGCUGAGAAGCGGAGCAAUUGAGCAGCAGCAUGGCGAAAGCUCCAGCUUGGUGGCGAUGCUCGGGCUUCGAGGAGCAGUGGCAGGCCUGCAACACCACCACCACCAUAGCUCGGCCUCGCCACCACCGCCACCGCCUCCACCAGCACCGCCACUGACUUCCAAGCGGCCCCUCUACCCUACAAUGUUGGAUUCGCUGGAUGAGACCGGCGACGGGGAGGUCGCGGACGAUGGCAGCACCGGCGGCGGGGGGUCGAGCGGUGGCGGAGGAUUCCCGGAGAAGAAGCGGCGGCUGAGCGUGGAGCAAGUCCGGUCCCUGGAGCUGAGCUUUGAGACCGAGAACCGGCUGGAGCCCGUGCGGAAGAUGCAGCUGGCGCAGGAGCUCGGGCUGCAGCCCCGGCAAGUCGCGGUGUGGUUCCAGAACCGGCGAGCCCGCUGGAAGACGAAGCAACUGGAGAAGGACUACGACGUUCUCAAGGCGGCGUACGAGUCCCUGGCGGAGGAGAACAAGCGGCUCAAAGCUCAACUGAGCGACAAGAAGCUCGUGGAUGGCGAUCACGAGAAGAAGCCGGAUGAAGAUGAUGACGACAAUGAUGAAGAUCGCAACGAGGAAGAUAUGGACGAGGACUCGGGAUCGGCGGCGGCGGCUGCUACUACUACCACGGACAAGCCACCCAAGCCGCUGCUGCUCGUCGCCACCAUGGCCAAGAAUAACAAGAGCAGCGGAGUAGUGGAGGAUGUCGACGAUCAGGUGUGUACCACUCCAGACUCUCCCACGGUUGUCUCCUCCAAAUUCAAGGAGUCGCCGCUAUCAUCCUCCGACGGCUAUAACUCUGAUGUCUUGGACGCGUUUAGUCCGCAUCCAGUACCGCCAGCGCCGCCGCCACCACCGGCCAGAGCUCACAAAUUAUCACCGCUAGCUCCGCAGCAUCCAGCGGAGGACGAAGAACAAGCUCCUCCGGUAAAGGAGGAACCGGUGGCUUUCCCGUACAAGCUCGACGACGACGAUGCUCUCCGGGGCCUCGAGGAUGACGCUUCGUACAACUGCUUGUUUGGAACGGCUGCCGAGGAGGAGCAAGGCAACUGGGCUUCCUGGUGGGAUUGGGCUUAGUAGCAGCAGCAGCUCUCUCCAAUCCAAAAAUACCAAGUACCUCUCUCCCAGUUGUCGAGUACUAGUAGAAGAAAAAGUAUCGAGCCUCCCGGUGUUGAUGGAUCAAAGAUCUUCCAGCACUGUGUUCCUUCGUCCCAAGUCUUAGUCCCCCUCUUUUUUUGUUGUUGUAAUUUCGGAGCCUCUGCUCAACUGUGUAUACUGGUUGGCUCUUGGUAAUAAACAGAACGACGUUGUC